UUUGCAGGUGCCAACGACUAAUAAUAUUGGUGGCCCUAAGCCCUUCCUAGGCUCAACCAUCUCGAAUCAGAACUAUUCGUCCUCACCUAUUAUUAAUACCGGAAGCAGUACUUUACCACGUUCUCAGACUCAAUCUUUAAGUGGUGAGAGCGCAUCCUAUUACGAAGACUGUUACGAUUUAAGGCAUAGCGAGGUUAAGCCUCAGUUCUAUCACGAAGACUGUUGCUCUUACGAGGUACUGCAAGAAAUUGGCCAGCCAAAAGUUUCCGAAAAACCACCUACACCAAGGAAUAAAUUUCCAACGUGGCCACCUAUUAAACCCAUUGAAGACAUUACCUACCCCACUGCUAGCCCUCUUUAUAUUGAUCCAAAUCCAACAAUUGAUAAGCAAACCCGCCAGGUAACACGCGAACGUCGCGCCACAGUCGCUUCUGUUAUUAGUCGCGAAUAUAACCGACGUAAUAAAUUUCGUGAACAACAACAGAAUCAUCGAAACGAGAACGAAAUGGAACAAUAUAGCUGCGUAGGACCAGUUUUUCGACGAGUCGAAUUAGGAAAUUCAAAGGAAUCACGCCAGUCCCGUUGUGACCGCUCAUCCUCUCGAGCCAGUUCGACUGAUAGCAUACGAAGAUCGUUGACGCCUACGAGGAUCACUCAACCAAUCCCACGUCCAUGGACAGCGACUGUAACUUCUGGUACAAAUUUAUUUCAGUCAUCUUAUAAAUCACAACAAGAACAUAUUUGUGGUAAUUACUGCGGAAAGGAAGUAUGCCAACGUGAAAAGGUCUGCCAGCGUGAACAAUCAUUAGAAAGAGAAAUUAGUCAAACGAUUUAUAAACGAGAAUCACCUUGUGAGCGACAUCAGCCAACCCCACCUGAGCAUCAACAUCAGGAACAACAUGUCCAUAGUGAAAAAGAAUCUUGCACAACUGAAGGCAAUAUUCACCAACGAGAGCAUAAAACGUCGCAAGUAUGUAGGUUUAUAUGCGAAUCUAAAGUAGAACCGCAAAAACUAGAAUAUGAAGUUCAACGGAAACCAUCCAUAGAUUUAUCGAAACUAGUUCCAUCGGAUGUUGCCAUUUGUCCAAAAGGAAUAGAUGGUGAACACGAUCUGUACACUGAGACUGAAGAAGAAGAUAAAGGUAACUUACACAUUAAAAAAACUACAACAUAUGAAAAGAUUGUUGAACUUGUAACACCGGAUCAAGAAAUAGGACUUUCAUUCGGGAAACAGGAAGAGCAGUCUCAAUUUGUAAGUGAGCAAUUUAUGCAAAGAUCUUCUACGGUGGAUCGAGAAGUAGAAGAUAUAUCUGGUAGAAAGCAUUUAUCGGCAUCUACUGAAACUUUAACUCAAAAAAUAGAUACUCAACAAUUAAUUGAAGAAACUCGUAUGCGUGAAGAUAAAGAACGAAAACUAAAGGCAGAGAAGGAACAAAGACAACGAGAAGAAGAAGAAAGAAAAAGGCAAGAAGAAUGUUUAUUAAUUGAAAUGAGAAAAAAGGAUGAAGAAAAACAAAUACAGCGAUUAAAAAUCGAAAGUCAAAGAAAAGCAGAAGAACAUCGACGGCUAGAUGAAGAAGCAGCUGAAAAAUCUAGUGAUCAAACUAUCUACAGUACACAACGAAGUGAAAUCAUCGAAAAGAAAUAUCAAUGCCCUAAUGAACGAAUUAAUAAUGUCCAGCUUAAUGAUCGUCCACCUUCUACAGAACGAGUUAUUAAAAUACAGAUGGAAGAUGAUCAACAAUCUAAAACACAAAUAACAGUUGUAAAAGAAGAAAUGAAUAUUAAAAAACAUUGUGAACUUAAAGAUUAUAAACAACAACGUAGAAAAAGUCUUCGUGAACAGGUGGAAGUUCAUCAGAGUCUUCGAGAUCAACAGAUACCAGAAAGACGUCAACCAACUCUUCAAGAACGUCGUUUGUGUUCACGAUUUUCACAGCAGUCAGAAGAACAGCAACAAAAAUCAACGGAUAACUGGAAUUCUAAAAAACACGUACAGUUUGUUAAAGUAAGAGAAACAGAAGUUUGUUCUGUGCCGCAAACCCCAGUUAAAAAUUCUAAUCCAAAAGAAUGGCAAUCGGACAUGUGUAAAUCUUUAUCGACAACUUCAGAUCAUAGGUAUUCACCAUUACAAUCUGAUGGCAACAUGUCUUUUCAUGGUGAAACCAGGGAAUUACAUCAUCAUGAAGUAAUAUACAAACAAAAUAGUAUUUGUAGAAAAUGCCAGCCGAAGCUUCCACCCAUUCCAAAUAGAUCGGUUUCUCCAUUUGUUGCAGCUUUAACCACUGCAUCAGAUCGUCCGUAUUCGCCUUUAGGCAGAGAUGUUAACGCAGAAAAGGCUAUUUGUAGAUGUCAAUCGCAAACUCCAGAAAUGAAAACAACUUACGAAGGUUAUAGCGCACCUUCACAAAUUCUUUACCGUGGAAAACCAAAAGAGCCACCAAAAAAAUCUGAAGGACCGCGACCUCUUCCAACACCCCCACUAGACUUUCGUUUCCGUAAUCGUUCUGCUUCACCUUGUUACUCUAGAUCUCAAACACCUAGUGGCAGAGUUUCGUCUUGUGGAUUGAAAAAACCUGAUACUAUUCCUCAAUACCAAAAAUGUCUAGUCUGCGAGGAACAAUCACUAGUACAAGGUCAUGAUUAUUCAUCAUCAAGUAGAACCCCUACACCAGGGUGUUGCAAAUCUCCUAUAUCAGAUCCACUAGAAACUCCAACAUACUUUAUAAGAGCUCCGAGAAUCCGAGAUGAUCCACCACCUUGCAAACGAAGUAAUCAAAGAGAUAUAACGACACCUAAUAAAACAGAAACUGUUCAGUAUCAUUAUGAAGAAGAUACUCCUAAAAUUCAUAAAAAUCAAAAUACUAUUUGCUCUAAAACUGUUUCGUGGCUCGGAGAAGGUAUACAUAAACAUGCUCACAUUCAAGAGCACAAUGAUACUGUUACCGAAGAAUGUGACGGAAGUCAUCAUAUAACAAAAAUGGAACACAAACUUAAGGAGUACGAUGAAUCAGAGCAGCCUUCAAUAUCACCAGUAGAAAAUGAUAAUUGCUAUAUUUCUCAAAAUUCUGAUAACCAACCAACUUUACAAUGCCCUAAAAUACAAAAUAGCAUUUUAGACAAGAUUCAAAAAACAGGAAUACGUGUAUUCGCCCCAAUGGGUGCACCUGAGGUGAGACGAAUUCGUCACGAUAUUCCACCUCUGUUACCCAAGCUUCCUUGCCCAAUGACUGGUGUAACCGUUUUGCCAAUCAAAGCUCAUGGCGAUACAACCUGUAAAUCAGGUGUAGUUAUAGUUCCAUGUGACGGUAUUGGAAUGAGCGGUGUGUGCAUUACGCCUACACCCGAUCGCUUGGAUGUUUCUGUAUCUCCAUGUCUGGCGCAAGCUGGUGGAAUUUGUAAAAAACCCUCUUGUUACUGCGGAUCGACUUCAGGAAAUUGCACAACUAGCUUAGGUAAUGACAAAACCACCCAUAGCGUUGAUGCCAGCAUCUGUACUGGAAUAGCUGGAGUUCGAUCUGUCCAGUAUCCUAAGCCAAUCUUAAAGUGUCUCAGUGCUGAAAAAGCGAAACUCCCAUUUCCUCAGAUACCUCAUCCAGAAGAGCAAUCCAACCAGUAUUCCAACCAAGGCUGUCCACGCAGCGCAACUAAUGCGAGCUCGACCUCGACGAGCUUCAGUUCUAAUUCGGAGAGUCGUGAUUGCGGAUUCCAACCAAUACACAAGCCACAGCCACGCACUAACCUUUGCAAUCAAAUAACCACUCUAACGCUUUGUAAACGCGAAAGCCAAGCUGUUGUUACACCUACACCACAAGUGCCAAGGGUAAAACUUUAUAAGCCGCAAAGUCAAUCAGCUCAGCUUCCGUCUUGCAGAAGCAAUACCACAAAAAUCAAAUGCCAGAGUAUUUAUAAUCAAAAUAGGUUCCGACGCGAAACCCAAACUAUAUGUGAAACUCAGAGUCGAACCCAAUCCCAAAUCCAGACCCAAACCAGUUGCCUGGCAAAUAAGAUCCAGAAUUCAGUAGACCCACCAAAUUUGUCAUCCCACCCGGAUCUAGGUAGCGGUGCAAGCGGCUUUGGUGGUAACAAGGGAGGAACCUUUGCGGGUAGCAGUGCACCCAAUCGUGGUAAAGGCAUUCUGAAUCAGGCGGGAUCCGGAUUGCGAGUCCCUCUCUGUGCAGCCUGCGAUUCCCACGUCAGGUAUUAA